AAAAUUUCACCGCACACUUUUGCGCUCUGUUGCUCUGUCAGUGAUUGACCUAUGGUUGCUAGAGGCAAAUUUUUUUGUUUACUUCCGGGGUUGUCUCCCGAGUCACAGAAACACAGCAGACAGCUUUUCGUCUGACUGAGCAGAUUAUAGAAAUAUGGCAGGGGAGGCAGACGACGAGAUACCUGAAUCGGGGGCUGUCUUCACCUUUGGAAAAAGCAAGUUUGCAGACAACGUUCCAAGCAAAUUCUGGUUGAAAAACGACAGGGCGGUCCGCAUUUCCUGUGGGGAUGAACACACAGCGCUUGUAACAGACAAUGGCAAGCUGUACAUGUUUGGCAGCAAUAAUUGGGGUCAGCUGUGUCUGGGAACAAAGAACACCGUCAACAAGCCCACGUGUGUGAAAGCUUUAAAAUCUGAAAAGGUUAAGCUGACAGCAUGUGGAAGAAACCACACAAUCUUGUACACAGCUAAAGGGAAUGUAUACACUGCGGGAGGCAAUAAUGAAGGGCAGCUGGGCCUGGGCGACACAGAGGAGAGAACAUCUUUCCAUCAGGUAGACUUCUUCACAGGACAGUGUAAGAUCAAACAGCUGGCAGCAGGAUCGAACAUCUCUGCAGCACUUGCAGAGGAUGGAAGACUUUUUAUGUGGGGUGAUAACUCUGAAGGUCAGAUUGGCCUUGGCAACGAGAGCCAUGUGUGUGUUCCUCAUGAAGUAGAUGUUGGGAAGCCAGUUACCUGGGUCUCCUGUGGAUACUAUCACUCUGCUCUUGUAACAGCUGAUGGAGAGCUGUACACAUUUGGAGAGUCUGACCACGGAAAGCUAGGACUGCCCCCAGAACAAUUAAAUAACAACAGAGUUCCACAGCCGGUCCAGGGAAUUUCUGCACAAGUUACUCGGGUCGCCUGUGGUGGUGGGCACACAGUAGCACUUACAGAUGAUGAUGUGUACACAUUUGGCCUUGGUCAGUUUGGACAGUUGGGCCAUGGCACUUUUACUUUUGAGGCUGCCCUACCGAAGGCUGUGGAACACUUCAGAAAAAGGAAAGUGAGCCACAUAGCAUGUGGAGAGAACCAUACAGCUGUAAUAACAGACAAUGGCCUUCUUUAUACCUUUGGAGAUGGACGACAUGGCAAGCUGGGACUUGGGGAUGAGAACUUUACCAACCAGUUCAAGCCGACGCUCUGCUCCAGGUUUCUCAAGUACACAGUACAGUCUGUUGCCUGUGGAGGAUGUCACAUGCUGGUCCUUGCUGCCCCAAGACCUCAAGGCUAUGAGGAAGUGACUCUCCAUCAGGAUGAUAUAACUGAUAACUAUCUGGAGAAAUCCUACAGUGAGUUUUUAGGCAAUCCUUCAACACCAAGCACAUUGAGCAGGACAUUAUCUGCACGAGUGAGGCGGAGAGAAAGGGAGCGCUCUCCGGAUCAGUUUGGGAGGAUGCUGCGCACGCUGCCCGCUCUGGCACCUGGUUUCCUGAACUCCUCUUUGCCCGUCACCAGCCGCUCAAUUCCAGCCAGACUACCCAGCAUGGACAUACCUGCUUCCAUGGAAGCUAAUGGAAUUCACCGUCCACAAGAGUCUAGAGACAAAGGCGUCAAGGGAAAUGGAACCAAUGAAAGAACAUCUGUGGAGGAGGACUCUGACAGUGACAAUGAAAAAGAACUGGGAAACACCACUGAUUUAUUAAACAUGACCCACGUAAUGCAGCUGAACCCCAGUGACAAGUCAUUAACGUUAUCGCCGGUUCAGAAGCAGAAGAAUCUACAGCACAAAUCUGAGGAGGAGAGUGAGGAAGAGGAGAAUGAUGAUGAUGAUGAAGAGGAUGAGGAAGAAGAAGAUGAUGAAGAAGAAACAACUGUUCAGGAAAUGAGAAAAGGAGAGCUACAGGCAAAGAAUAGUGAUGUGAUCUCUGAAGAAAAACAUGGAAAGGAACCUGAAAUCAUAAAAGAUGAAUCAGUACCGGAUGGUGUACAGAAAGAGCAAGAGAGUCCCAAAGCUCAGGACCCCUCUCCAGCUGAAGAAGUGAGAGAAGAGGAGGCAAAAGUGGAAAGCAAAUCAAAAGGCUUCUUUGGAACAAACGGAAGAAUUAGUCUGUUCAAGAGAAGGUCGAUCCCAGAAGACAAGAAGCCAGAAAAAAAGGGUGAAGUGAAACCAGUAAGCACUCUUCAGGAAGACAAGCCCAAAGACAAUCGAAACGGCUCCCCUGGAAAGCUGGAAAACAAAGACCUCAACCAGAACAGCGCCGGGGAAAACACUAUAGAGCCCACACAGUCAGUCCAGGACGGUACUGAAAAAACACAACGCAUCCUGGAAAAGAAGUCACGAUCAGCAACAUGUACAAUACUCUGAUUGUGUGUGUGUGUGUGUGUGUGUGUGUAUAUAUAUAUAUUAUAUACGCUUCUCGAAAGCCACUAGGUGCUGCAUGUAAUGUUCAAGCACUGAUUUCAAAUAGAGGGAAGUUACUACGCACAAUCGUGAGUUAUGAUACGUGCUGGAUCACCACCACAACUUGUGGUGCUAAUUUAUUAAUGUCAGAUAUUGUUACCUUUACAUCACAAGCUUUACUGUUUGAUUUUUAGUCUAUGGGCAACAUUUUUGUGAAAAACUUGGUGUGUUUUUUGAUCUGUGAAACUCAACUGUACGUAUUUUAUGUAACACAGAGACAUUUAUUUAUAAAAAUAUAUUUCAUGUAAAAGCACAAUUUGCACUUUAAAUUGGAACAGUACAUAAUAUAUACAUAUAUAGUUCUAUAUAGAUAUGAUAAUAUGUUUCAGGGACAUUUUUUCACCACUUCUCAUUGUAAAGCCUUACACCGCUUUGUGUUGAAAAGUAUUGGUGUUCUGACAUCAGCUAUACUGUAUUGAGAGUAAAAGGCAGCUCUUUUUCAGAAUAUGUAUUUUUUUAUCAAGAUUAUUAAAUUUUGAUCAGGCCACUGACUGUUGUUUCACCUGAUAUAUACUGUUAGCUACAGAUGUUUAUCAGAAUACUUGUAUGAUCUAAUUUUCAGAAAUGGGGGGGAGGUUUGGAAACAUUUCACACUGUUUCUUUUGGCACUGAUUGGCUGGGUAUCUGUCAAUAUCUGAUGCGCUUUUCGUCUUGCUUCGUGGGUAACAGCCUAAAUUGAAGCAACAGUUAUGUAAUCAUGCCUUACUCUCUAGUCAAGUAACAACUAAUACUCUCUUGACUUUUCUCUUAGCAAAUUUUCCUUAUAAUAGGUUUACCAUUUUUUAUUUACAUUUUUUAGAUUUACCUAUAAAACAUGUGUUUUCUUAAAUGACUUGUUUUCAGAGAUGUACAGAAAGGCCAGUCUGAGCUUAAGUGAUCUGAUCCGAUCCAGGGUAAAUUAAUCUCAAGUGAUCCACGUAUUAUGGAAACCUGAGUCACAAAACUUUGUAUUUUUCAUGCUACUGAUUAAUGGGUUAAAGAGGGUCUUGACUGCAGCAAGUGCAUGCCUCGUCCAGCAGAGGGCACUGUAGAUCAUAGCAAGGAUCUCAUACUGUAGGCCAGGGUGUCCCAAUAAUGGCCCUGAGGUACCCCUGUGUCUGCUGGUUUUCAUUCCAACUGAGUUCUCAAUUACUUAAUCAAACUCUUAAUUGAACUAAUAAUGUACUUAAUUAGACCUUUUUAAUUGUUCUCAGCUCCUAAAAAGUUGCCAAUUUCAAGUUACUUAUAAAAUUGUAUAAUCAACUCCAACUGUUUAAAAGCUGAAAACAAUUAAAAAGGUCUACUUAAGCCAGGGGUGUCAAACUCCAGUCCUCGAGGGCCGCAGGGUCUUCUGGUUUUCAUUCCAACUUAAGCUCUCAAUUAACAUAAUUGAUCUAAUUAUUUGUUGAAUUUGACAUAUUUAAUAUUUUUUAAGGUCUUUAACAGUUGAUGGUUUUAAAAAUGCACUUGAUUCAAGGUACACUACCUAUGAAACAUUUUGAGGCCUGAAGAGAAGUGUUAAAUGUGUCCAGUUAAUCAAAUAAUUAACCAAUUAAGUAAUUGAGAGCUCGGGUGGAACGAAAGCCAGAAGACACUGCAGCCCUCCAGGAACGGAGUUUGACACCCCUGGCUUAAGCUAACGAAUAGUUCAAUUAAGGGUUUGAUUAAGUAAUUCAGAACUCAGUUGGAAUGAAAACCAGCAGACACAGGGGUCCCCCAGGACCAGGAUUGGGAAAUCCUGUCUACUCUGCCUAGAUUUGAAACGUACUAGUGCAGAUGGCCUGUUUGCUUUUCCACCCAAAAAAUCAUAACAGUAUAAAGUACAUGAAUUCAAUCCAAAUGGAAUUUUACUCUGGGUGUUUUCUUGUCAUUAUAUUGUCAUUGUAUCACAAUGAUUUUUAAGAAUGUGUUGUUUCCUCUGCUUUUAUGGUUUAAUAGAGUGUGCAAAUGCUGUAUUGUUGUGUAAUACAAACCAUAAUUGCCCCUCUUCCAAAAGAUAAAUAGUUCAAUUUGUUUAAAAAAAAAAAAAAAAAAAAGCAGAAGCAGAGGUAACCAGAUCUAGUGUUCAGGGGGUCAGUGUUCAUGAUCCAGGUGUUUUGUUCCUGUAAAGCCUUAAUAUUCUUUAUUCUUUACAGAUCUAAUAAAGGCAGCACUCACAGCAUCUAAGGCUUAGAUACUAUGUGGUAGGGACAUACUGUAUAUACAUAUAAAGUGCAGCUUUUGAAUGUUAAACCCUAUAUAUGAUACUAUAUAAUUCCAGUAAGGUAAUAUAGGGUUUGAAGAAGGUGUGAGUAAGUGCACUUUACCCUUGAAGGGCAGUGAUAUGCCCUGUGUGAAAUCCAUGUUGGGGAUGGUGAGGUUUUCCUGUUUGGCAUUGAGCUAUAUAUACCAUUGUCUUUGAAUAGUUCAUUUUGAAACAAGGCAAAUCAUCCUCUGCUCUUUCAUGUGACAAUCAACAUAAAUACAUGUCCCACUCUGUGCCAGAUUUGCAAUUUCCCUGAAGCCCUGCUAUUCGCUUAUUGGCACUUAUAAAGGAGUCUUCUAGGUAAACAAAUGUCGCAUUCUUAUUGAAGUCAAAGUUGAUACGAGUCCUCGAAAUUAUAAUCACAGUGGAGCUUUAGUUGCAUUUUUCUAUAGGACAUUUUUAUUGUAUAAAUAUAAAAAUCAGUGGCACUGGUUUUGCCCACAGAUCCAAAGACUUCAAGUCAGGUUAAGCAUUAGGGGUGUUCUUUGUUUUAGACUUUCAACAUUUAAAGGUAAUCACGUAUUAACAUUUAGAAUUGUGCCUAAAUGUUUAAUAGUUGUCGACAAUAUGCAUGUUUAUACAGUGGUAAUGGAUUUAAUAUUCAAUAUUUAUUUAAACUCUCUUCCAUAUACGCAUAUAUGUUGUACAUCUCUAGUCUUACACAAGUGUUCUAGUAAUUUAUACAAAGUAACAGUACUCUAUUGGAAGUCCUUCUACAUUGUUAAAAACAUUCCUACUGUGUUAUAAGCAUAAAUGUUUUUAUUGCUCAAGUUUAAACAUUUCUGAAAUGAAACAUAAUCUAACACCCCUGAUAAGUGCUGGUUCAUCGGAUAGCAUAGUCAGGGUGCUAAAAACAAGCUUCAUUGCUGUGUGGGAUACCUUGGGUUUUCAAUAACAAGCAAGUAUACAGAGGGCUUGUUUUUAAUCUGACUAUAGAGGACUCAUUGAAAACACUGUUUAAAAAACGAGUUCCCCAAAUCAAGAUCUACUUUUGGUUGAAUGAAAGCACAGCUUCUGCAGAAAAGGUCCAAUUAUAUACUGUAGGUCGUAAGGCAGCAAUAGAAACUCUGAUCAUAGUGAUUGAAAACUGGGAAGAUUUUCUUUUGAUCAUUACUUCAACCAGUAGUGCAGAAAUAAUCAAGUUCUCAUCUGCAAUCUGUACAGCUGGCAUGAAUAUGUUUUCAUAGUGCCUAUUCAUAAAUAUGAAUACGCCCAAUUGUGAUUUGAGGCCUUAAAUUACACUUUGUAUAUAAGGUAUAUUUUUUUAGAAGGAAAUAAAAUCUCUUGUAUUUUUAGUUGUUUUGUGUAGUUUGCCUUAUCUUUAAAUUUGUAUGUCUGUACACCACUUUGUAACUCAACUUGUAUCCAAUGGAAAUAUGUAUUUACAGCUUGCCAUGGUUUGUUUGAUACUAGUAUGUGUUUUCUGGUUUUAUGUCUAAUUGUGCUCAUCUGGCAUGUGGAUGCGACGUAAACUUCAGUUUAUGCUUGAAAAAAAAAGACUAUUCCUUGACCAUACAUGCAGACCAUCAAGACUAUUCCUUGACCAUCAUACUUGCAAAUGAUGACAAUGACAAAACCAAAAAGUAUGACCCCAUGCCAAGUUGCGUAAAUGUUUAGAUGUUUGCUAUUAUUUAAUUUUUUUUAUGAUACGCCACAAUCAUUUAGCAGCUGGGAGCCCUUUAGGUUAUGCUGCUUUUCAGAGAGCACAGGCUGUUUGGAUCACAUCCUCAGAAAGGGAAAACAUUGCAGACAUAUUUAAAACAUGCCAGUCGAUAUGCGAUAGAAUCCAAAUGUUUCACUCUUUCGUUCUUUCUAGGAAUACUUUUGCCUUCGUUUAGAAUGAGAAUUACAGUGAGUAUAUUCUAUUAUAGAGGUCAAGUGCAGUAAUUAUUUUGAAAAUCUGAGGUACUUUUAAGUGGUUUAUUGUAAUGCCUGGAAUUGGAAAUACCUCCUUUGUAUUGC